AUGACCAGUCGUCCAACUACUUGCUCGUCGUCGUCGUCGUCGUCCUCGUCCUCAAUGCCUUUCAUGGCAGCGACCGCGACGGCUACCACAGCAGCCGCACGAUCACCCUCGCUCGGCGCACCACCAAUACGACUGCGUCACCCUCUUCCCGCACCGCCGAUCCAAUGUACUUCGUCUUCAUCUCACAACAAAGCCUCCAAACCCUCGCACGCUCCGCCUCCGCCUGGUUCUUGUUCCUCAUCCUUGAGCUACUUGACCAGCAGAUCCUCGCCACGCUACAACUACCCAGCCGCCUCGCCGUCCACGUCACCCUACUACUCGAGCUCGCACCCGUCGCCUGCGCCCUCCACCACCAGCUCGGCGGGCGGCAGCAGCCUCGGUAGCGCCACUAGCACGUUGCGCACCCCUCCCGACCUGCUUAUCAAUGGCACCAGCGUAGGACACACCAAGGGAGCCCAGCAGUUGGCGGUCAACACGUGGAACGGCAUGCUGGUGAAACCCAAACCACCGCGCUGUUUGGCGAAACACGAGAUCAGCAAGAGGCAGUCGCUCUUGAAACGCUUACCGCCGCUCACGCAUAGCUUGCAACUGCCUAGUCCCCCUCCGAGUCCCAAAUUGCAUUCAACCGUGCCGAGUGGCAAGAGGAGGAGAGACUCAGUAGAUGCUGACGGUGGCGACAGCGGCGACAGCGACGACAUUCCAAUCUCGAACACCGACAUACCACGUCCGCAGUCGAGAAGACCACGUUCAGCAGCAUCGAUACUGUCCACCGCUCGUCCCGGCUCGCUCACGCCCGACACCUUGUCCGCAUUGGCUGCGGCGUACCGAUCGGCAGCGCGUGAACUCAAGCACGCCGCCGACGCGCGCACCUCGGCGCUCUCAGCUUCACGGCCGUCGUACUUUGCGGCUCGGCCAACGCAGCUGUCGGCGCUGCAGCAGUUGGAUGCGGUGUUACUCUUCUGUUACGCUUUCUGGCUGGACGAUUUAGGCUGCUCCUCGAGCGCUAGCAACGACAGUGGCGGGGCGUGCAUCACCAAAAACUGGAUUAGCCUGUUCGGUCUGCUCCGGUAUGCCACUAACGCGCACAGCGAUCUGGGCAACGACGUGCUGCUCGGCGUGUGCAGGUUGGUGGAAGCUGCAGUGCUGCGCAAACUGCAUGCACACGAUUCGGCGUUGCUCGUACGCCUGUGCACGUCGAAAUCAGCGUCGAUGGACGAGCUCGAGCAGAUGGUCAUGCGCCAAGCUGCCGAUCUCGAGCGCUCAGAUCGGCUCGCGCGCCAAGCACGCACCCUGCUCUCCGCACCAACGCUCGCCACCACCCACCCAGACCUCCUCCACACUGCACUCCACUCUUCACUCUCCAUCGCAGACGUCCCUGGUCUCGCAAACAUGCCCGAUCCAAAUACCGCCUCCUUCGCUUGGCCCAUCGAUACCAUCACCCCCAUCCCGCACAUCGUCGCCUUUGGUCGCACAGCCAUCGCCGAACACGCAGCCAAGUCCCGUAUCCCCUUCACCCUCAUUCGUGUCCGAUCCCAAUAG